AACGAUCGCAGCGAACGGUUCGCGUGUACGGUGUGUUCGGUUUUUUGUGCUCUGUCUUUUCGUGGCGCUGGACAAUUGCGCGAUUUGUGUGGAGGGAAACCUUAAUUACACCUUUCAAACUUCAAUUAAUCAAUAAUGAAACUACAAAAUAGGCAACGGUAAACGCCAGUGCGACUAUCUGUGACAUCUUCUGUUUGUUCGUGUGCGUGUGUGCCCCAUUGUCGUACACUUUUAACAGAGUAACAAUAGCAGUCGUUGAUAUAAAAGAAGUUUCAUAAAAACAGCCACCAAUCCAACCAACACUCGGUGGCGUCCUCGCGCGUUCGCGACAAUACAAAAACACGAGAAAUAAUAAACAAACCAAAAGCAAAACGAGUUAUGAAAAUACAUCAAAUUGUGUUUCGUGCCAUGUGAGAAUGUGUGUUGAAAAUUGUUAUAAAGAAACGAUAUCGCCCGCCUCUUAUUUUGGGCCCGAUCUGUGAUCGAUGGGGAUGUCGACAACGACGACGACGACAGGCGUCAACUGAAAAAUAUUGGAUUUGCUGGCGCCUUCAGUACCCACCCAGUAACCCACCUUAAGGCGCAGCAACCCAACACGGCGACAACAUUUUCGCGCAACACAAAAUGUUAAUUAAAAAAUCUGUCCGAAAAAUAAGGUAAAAAUUACUUGCAAGAUGAGAGGAAAAACAACCGCACAAACCAAAGUUUCCAUCUCCCCCCGUGCAUAUAGUAUCUAGAGUGAGUGAGAGAGUGUUUGUGUUUUGAUGUAAAGCCAACGUGAAAUUGGAUUAACUCUGACAAGACGCACGGCGGUUUUUAAUUACCACAGAAGCAGCAAGAGUUUUUCGAGUUUCCUCCGGGGAUUACCAUCUCAGCAUCUCAGAAACAGAGGAGAUUCUCGUGUAUGAAACCAGAGUAGCAGAUCUACCAGAAAGCAGCUAAUAAAUAAAACCCAACGGAAUGGAAAAAAUGCUAGGCCAGGCCGUUUGUCGAGCGUUGACAAUUUGACGCUGGAUCUGAAGAGAAUCUACUUUGCACUCGCCUUCAUUCACCACCCCUCUCAAGAGGAAGGGAGAGAGAGCCACCCCAAGGGUGCGUCGUCCCACACUCAAGAAAAAACUCAAGCUUACAGAAAGCUCAAAGCUACAACGCACACACAAUGCAGUGCCACAAGAACAAGCGUGUGGCAGGACUACUCGCAGUGCUGAUCCUUUGCCUCGUCAGCAGCGGCAGGGCACUGCCAGACAGCCCACAGCACAGUCUCGACCAUGGCAUGGGCAUGGGCAUGGGCAUGGGCAUGGGAAUGGGAAUGGGAUCCCACGGCAUGGAUGUGAGUCCGGCGCCAGGGUAUGGCGUGCCAGCCAUACCCAAGGAUCCAAACUCGCGCUGCGAGGAGAUCACGAUACCCAUGUGCCGGGGCAUCGGCUACAAUAUGACAUCGUUUCCCAAUGAAAUGAACCACGAGACGCAGGACGAGGCGGGCCUGGAGGUGCAUCAGUUCUGGCCUUUGGUGGAGAUCAAGUGCUCGCCGGACCUCAAGUUCUUCCUGUGCAGCAUGUACACGCCGAUCUGCCUGGAGGACUACCACAAGCCGCUGCCCGUGUGUCGCAGCGUCUGCGAGCGGGCGCGCUCCGGCUGUGCCCCCAUCAUGCAGCAGUACAGCUUCGAGUGGCCCGAGCGGAUGGCCUGCGAGCAUCUGCCGCUGCAUGGGGAUACGGACAAUCUGUGCAUGGAGCAGCCUUCGUACACGGAGGCGGGCGGCAGCGGUGGCAGCAGCAGCGGAUCGGGCAGCUCUGGCAGCGGCUCGGGAGGAUCGGGCGGCAAGCGCAAGCAGGGCGGCAGCUCCGGGGGCAGCUCGGGCGGCUCGUCGGCGUCCAACAAGUGCCGCGGAAGGAAUUCAAAAAACUGCCAAAAUCCCCAAGGGGAAAAGGCAAGCGGAAAAGAGUGCGCGUGCUCGUGCCAGUCGCCGCUAAUCUCCCUGGGGAAGGAGCAGCUCAUGCAGCAGUCGCCCAUGCGGCACCAUCACUGGUACAUGAACCUGACUGUCCAAAGGAUCGCCGGCGUACCAAACUGCGCCAUUCCGUGCAAGGGUCCGUUCUUCAGCAACGACGAAAAGGAUUUCGCCGGCCUCUGGAUCGCCCUGUGGUCGGGUCUAUGCUUCUGCAGCACCCUCAUGACCCUAACCACAUUCAUCAUCGACACCGAAAGGUUUAAGUACCCGGAACGGCCGAUUGUCUUCCUCUCCGCCUGCUACUUCAUGGUGGCCGUUGGCUACCUCUCGCGCAACUUCCUCCAGAACGAGGAGAUCGCCUGCGACGGGCAUCUGCUCAAGGAGAGCUCCACCGGCCCCCACUCGUGCACCCUGGUCUUCCUGCUCACCUACUUCUUCGGCAUGGCCUCCUCCAUCUGGUGGGUGAUUCUCAGCUUCACCUGGUUCCUGGCCGCCGGCCUCAAGUGGGGCAACGAAGCGAUCACCAAGCACUCGCAGUACUUCCAUCUGGCCGCCUGGCUGAUACCCACCGUCCAGUCGGUGGCCGUGCUCCUGCUCUCCGCCGUCGACGGCGAUCCCAUUCUGGGCAUCUGCUACGUGGGCAACCUCAAUCCGGACCACCUGAAGACCUUCGUGCUGGCCCCGCUCUUCGUUUACCUGGUGAUUGGCACGACCUUCCUGAUGGCCGGCUUCGUGUCGCUCUUCCGGAUACGAUCGGUGAUCAAGCAGCAGGGCGGCGUGGGCGCCGGCGUCAAGGCCGACAAGCUGGAGAAGCUGAUGAUCCGCAUCGGCAUCUUCUCCGUGCUGUACACGGUGCCGGCCACCAUUGUCAUCGGCUGCUAUCUGUACGAGGCCGCGUACUUCGAGGACUGGAUCAAGGCGCUGGCCUGUCCCUGCGCCCAGGUAAAGGGUCCCGGCCGUAAGCCCCUCUACUCCGUGCUGAUGCUCAAGUACUUCAUGGCCCUGGCCGUGGGCAUCACCUCCGGCGUGUGGAUCUGGUCCGGCAAAACGCUCGAGAGCUGGCGCCGCUUCUGGCGUCGAUUGUUUGGGGCGCCCGAUCGCACUGGUGCCAAUCAGGCGCUGAUUAAGCAGCGACCGCCCAUUCCGCAUCCGUACGCCGGUUCCGGGAUGGGCAUGCCCGUGGGCUCGGCGGCUGGAUCGCUGUUGGCCACGCCCUACACACAGGCUGGAGGCGCCUCGGUGGCCAGCACCAGCCACCACCAUCUGCACCACCAUGUUCUCAAGCAGCCGGCGGCCAGCCACGUAUGACAUGGAGAGUCGGGAGGAGCUUCAACCAUGG